AUGUCCCAAGUCAAAACUACGAAAGAUGGACCAGUCUUCAUCAUCACAAUCAAUCGGCCUGAGGUCAGGAAUGCAGUUGACAGAAUCACGGCCGCUCUCCUCGUUAAAGCCUUCCGAGCCUUUGAAGCUGAUGAUUCUGCCAAGGUUGCCAUCUUGUAUGGAAACAAUGGCAAUUUCUGCGCUGGUGCGGACUUGAAGGCUGUGCUUGAACGUCCACAGGACGGACCGCAGAUGAAUGCGUCGUUGGAGAAUUGGGAGCUGCAAGGACCUAUGGGACCGUCGAGGAUGAGGUUAGCAAAGCCUGUGCUGGCUGCUAUUGAAGGAUUCGCUGUCGCUGGUGGCAUCGAACUUGCUGCAUGGUGCGAUAUGCGCAUAUGCGCUGAGGAUGCAACACUGGGUGUAUUUUGCAGACUACGAGGCGUGCCGUUAGUUGACGGAGGCACAGUCAGAUUGCCACGCCUUAUUGGUCGAUCGAAUGCGUUGGAUUUGAUUUUAACAGGACGACCAGUUCAAGGCGCAGAAGCGUUGAGAAUGGGUCUAGCAAACCGAAUAGUCCCUAAAGGAACCGCAUUAGCCGAGAGUAUCAAACUGGCCAAGGAGAUGGCUUCACACCCACAAGUGUGCUUGCUGAAUGAUCGCAAGAGUGUUUACGAGCAAUUGGAGGAUCGGAAAGCUAUGGAAGUGGAGUUCGAACUGGGUCAAAAGACGUUAGCGUCUGGUGAAUUCAGACAAGCUGUUGGUGCGUUUUUGAGUAAGAAGACCACAAACCCAUGGGGAGCAGGCAAGAGAGGGGCGGAAUCCAAGCUGUGA